GUCAAGUUAAGUUGGCUGUCAGAUUAAUAAAUGGCGGAUGGACGUAAACGGAUUUAAAACGAAAGUUGUGUAUGUCCGUAUAAAUUUAGUUUUUAACUUACCAUUAAAUUGAUAAUUCGAUUUUCAGAUUCAGAAAUUUGUAACAAUAUAUUAAUUAACUAAAAAUGUCUCGUUCCGUCCGUGCUGAAACCAGGAAUCGUGUAAAAGACGACAUCAAAAGAGUCAUGCAAGCUGUUGAAAAAGUUCGCCAUUGGGAAAAGAAAUGGGUGACAAUUGGAGAGACAACUAUGAAAAUUUACAAAUGGGUUCCAAUAUCUACAAACGAGCAAAAGAAAAAACAUGCGGCGAAACGAGAGAACAAGGAAAAUACCUUGACCCCCAAAAAGAUGCACGACUCUUCAAAUUCUAACUUUGGCAUGGCUGAAGAUUCGAAUACGUGUUUUUCAACAGUAAGUGACUCUCAAGGACCAACAGAGUUCACCUCUAGCCAUAUGAACUUCUCUGAAGACUCAAACUCGCAGAGUAGUGGCACAACAACUCCCGCGAAACGGUUAAAAACAGACUAAGGUAUUUAGUUUUAGCACAAUUAGUAUGAGUUGUAUAUAAUAUAUGGAACAUUUGAAGUGAGUGCAUUUAUAAAAAUAACUAUAUGUUUACAAUUACAAUGGUACAAUGUAUGUGGAUAAGUAAAAUGCUCAUUUAAAUGUAUCACUAUGUGAAACAUUAAUUAAUAGACAGGGCCAUCUUGAUGUUAGGUGGAGAAAAUUCUAGGGACCCUAGAUAUAAUAGCUACUUUGGUGUGUAUCUAAGGCCUGGCAACCCUUACUUGUUGCAGUCCUAAAUUAAGAUUGCCCAAUUGAUAGACCUUUAAUUAAGGCAAAAUAGAGAAAAUGUGACCAAGCUCUAUGAGUUUUUGUUUGAGAUCUGUGCAAAUGAUUAAUUGUUGUUAACUAAUCUAAUAGUGCCUAAAUACUAUGUCUUAAUUGAUGAAUUGGAUUUUUUUUUCUAAUAAAUUCUUGUCAUAUUUGAAACUCCUUGUCUAUAUUUAUCAGGAGUCGGUACUAUGUUUUUUGAAGUUGUAGAUGUUUACAUUGACUCAAUUUUUUUAUUGUCUUAAAUGUGACUUAAGAAACAAAGCAGUUGGCGAGAAACUCAGUUUGAUUGGUGAAAAAAAUUAGUUUCCUAUCAGAAAUUACAGUUCUUAGUUAUCUAGGUAUACAAAUUUAUCAGGGAAAUUAACAUACCUCAGAUUAUAUUUAUAUUAUGAUUAGCAUGUUUUUAAAAAUAGCUUAGUUUUGUGUACAUUGAGUUUAUUCUUACGAGGACUUAAAUUUGUAUCCCAUCUGAAAAUAUAGCACAACAAAUUCUAACCUCAACUAAUGUACAUUGUUAAAGCAAAAUAUCAUUCCUUUAAAAAAAGUAAAAAAUAAAUUAGCCACAUGCUGAAGGUUUGCUGAUGAAACUAUGUUCUUGUUUACUUAUUCAUACUGUCACUUUGUAUGUAACAUCAUGAGGCCUCCAGCAAAGCUUCUGAGCAUUAGUAGUACCAGUGUUUUAAGAGCUAUUAUUUAUAGUGAAAAAUUUAAAGGAAGUGGGUUUGGAAUUAAUGUCCUUAACCUUAGUAGGAACAAAAACAAAUGAAGUCACAUGGAUUUUUAGGGAUAAUUUAUGAAUUAAAUACAUGAAAUGAAUUAGAAAUGUAUCUGGAAAUGCAAGUUGUAUACCAACUAGUGUUUAUGAUUGAAACUAGUCGUAAUAGCAACAAAUACUUUUGUUUUCUUAAAAUAACAAUAGUAAGAUAUAAUGAAUGUGAAACUGACUCAAUUUAAGUUUGUUUUUAAUUUAAAUAUUUGAUUGUGAAAUUCCUUGUUAUGUCUGGAUUUUUUUUUUAACUUCGGCAUAAUUACAGAUAUAUAUUCUUGUACUUACUAUACAGGAUAUAGUAAAAAGUGCUAUCUUCUAAUAACAUGCUAUUCAGCAUUUGCUGACAAAAUGCUAUGGACAUAUUGAUUCAUGUAUUUCUAAACACCAUAAUCUAUGUGACAUGACUUUCCUUACAAUAUUAAAAUAAAUUAGUUUGGCAACUAUUAUGUUUUAAACUACAAUUUAUAUGAAGUAAUUUGUCAGAGAUCAAAAUAUCUGGUAAAACAUUGUGAUACCACCGUUCAGGUCCAGGUGUGUAAGACGUUAUUCUAGCAAAUUUUGCUCGGUCAUAUUCUCAGCAUGGUCUGAACUAGCAUACAGUGCCUGGUGACUAAGACCAUAAAUAUAGUGAAAAUGCUCUCAAAUCAAUGGGACGCGUUAUAUUAAUUUUGUGUUAUUUAUUUUUUAUUUUAAUUAAUUUUAAAUUUUUAGUUUAAUUUGUGUGACAUUGUUAAUAUUAAAAUUAUAUGUGAAAUAUUACUGUAAAU